GCUUCAGCUGCUGCCAGUCCUCUGCCCCUCACCUGGCCAUGGCCGUCCGCUACAAUCGGGUCCGUGUUCUCUUCCGAAUCCUCAAGGCCAUCCAAGCCUUCCCGCCGAGCGACAGAGCCGGCCACCUGGACCGCCGGGGCUGCAGCCGCGUGGAGGGUGGCAAGACGGCCUUGCAUGUGGCCUGCGAACUGGUGCGACCCGAGUGCUUACUCCUGCUGCUCGGGCAUGGCGCGUCGCCCUGCUUGCAGGACAGUGCUGGGAAUACUCCCCUCGACACCUUGCUGCAGCAGAUUUCCCACACGCCGGCAGCUAACAUGCGUGCCAAGCUCCUCUGCCUCGACUGCCUCUUCUUCUUCGUGCCUCAGGACCUCCAGUUCACAAUGAAACAGCAACUGUUGGACAACCGGCAGCGGUGGCAGGACCUCCUAGGGGAGAACAGGUUCCAAUGCCUGCUGGGCUUAGCUCCCCCGUCGCUGUUUGUUGGAGCCAUGCGUGUCUUGAUCAGGACCAUUUCACCUGAGCAUUUCCCAGAGGCUCUGGACAAUCUGCCUCUGCCUCAUUUUCUAAAGCCUUUGGACUUGAAACUGGAGAGCUAGAGGGGUGGCAUGAGAGCCUCCCGCUCACCUGACAGAAAUAGACUGCUAAAACUGUGUUGGUAUACGAAGCUGCUAAUGUGGCAGCCAAGUAUCUGUUUUAAUUAGAACUGUAUUUUUUAAAAGAAUUGUAUCUGGCACUUUACAAUAUAUUUUAUU